AUGAGUGACGGCAGCUGGACUUCUGAGCCUCUUGUGCUCAACUUUGAGCACUUGGGUCGAGGUGAUGUUGCCUUGGUAGGCGGGAAGAAUUCUUCUCUUGGCGAAAUGAUUGGAGCCCUUAGCACUGAGGGAAUUCCUGUUCCGCCUGGAUUCGCCACGACUACAUAUGCAUAUUGGCAUUACGUUGACGCCAACAAUAUCCGAGGAAAGAUCACAGGGCUCAUCGAUGAGUGGCAGUCUGGCCACUACAGCCUUGGAGAGACCGGCUACGCAAUCCGGAAGUUAUUUCUCAAGGGAGUGUGGCCGGCGGACACUAUGGAUUCCAUCGCGGCUGGCUAUCAUGAACUCUGUGCCAAGGCCGGAAAGACUGAGUUGAGGGUAGCUGUGCGAUCGAGUGCAACAGCGGAAGAUCUUCCCGAUGCAAGUUUUGCAGGCCAACAAGAUACAUAUCUGCACAUCACCGGCGAACGUGAGCUUCUGCACUAUUCCAAGCGAUGCUAUGCUUCACUGUUCACGGAUCGAGCUAUCAGCUAUCGCCAGAUCAAUGGCUAUUCUCAAACAAGUGUCGCGCUCUCUAUAGGGGUACAGCAAAUGGUGCACUCUGAUCUCGCUGGCUCUGGAGUCAUGUUCUCCAUCGACACUGAGAGUGGAUUUGAUAAGAUCGUGUUGAUCAAUGGUGCCUGGGGUCUCGGUGAGAAUGUGGUUCAAGGAAACGUCAACCCCGAUGAAUAUCAGGUAUUCAAGCCUCUUUUGUCCAACAAGAACUUGUCACCUAUCCUUGAAAAGAAAUGUGGAAGCAAAUUGAUCAAGAUGGUAUAUGGUGACAAGCAUAUUCCCACCCGCAACGUCCCUACUUCCAUGGCAGAACGUGCUGCGUUUGUGCUCACCGAUGCAGAAAUCCUACAACUAGCCCGAUGGGCCUGCGUCAUUGAGAAGCAUUAUGGAUGCCCCAUGGAUAUGGAAUGGGCAAAGGACGGUACAACCGGGCAGAUGUUUAUAGUCCAAGCCCGUCCAGAGACAGUUCAGUCCCAGCGUGACACUGCGGUCUUCAACACUUACACUGUUGGAAAAAGAGGGCGCACACUAACGACCGGACUGUCCAUCGGCGACAAGGCAGCGGCGGGCCGAGUAUGCCUCCUGACGUCCGCCAAAGAUAUCAGUAGCUUCGUCGAUGGUUCUAUCCUGGUAACAGAGGCGACUGAUCCAGAUUGGGUGCCUAUCAUGAAGCGUGCAGCUGCCAUAGUCACGGAUCAGGGUGGACGCACUUCCCAUGCCGCCAUAGUCAGCCGUGAACUGGGUGUACCCGCCGUUGUGGGCACAGGUAAUUCCACAUACGUGCUACACAGUUGCCAGGAUAUUACCGUGUCAUGCGCCGAAGGCGACACAGGUCUAGUCUAUGAUGGUCUGUCUGAAAUCACAGCCAAGAGCAUUGAUCUGUCUCAGCUGCCUGCAACUCGCACAAAGGUCAUGCUCAAUCUUGCCAACCCAUCAUCUGCUUAUCGCUGGUGGCGUCUCCCUGUUGAUGGCAUCGGUCUUGCUCGCAUGGAAUUCGUCAUCAGCAACUCUAUUCAGGUCCACCCAAUGGCACUAAUUAAUUUUGACCAUCUGAAAGAUGAAAGUGCCAAGACAGAGAUUGCCAGACUGACAAAAGGAUACAAGAACAAGCCUGAUUACUUUGUUGAUAAAUUGUCUUACGGCCUUGCUACCCUUUGUGCUGCGGUAUAUCCCAAGCCAGCUAUCAUUCGCAUGAGCGACUUCAAGUCAAAUGAGUAUGCUGGCCUGAUUGGGGGUGCUGAACUAGAGCUCCAAGAAGACAAUCCCAUGAUAGGCUUUCGCGGAGCCUCACGUUACUACUCACCUCGCUACAAGGAGGGGUUUGCACUCGAGUGUCAAGCUGUGAGGAGGGUGCGCGAGACCAUGGGUCUUACUAAUGCUAUUGUCAUGAUCCCUUUCUGUCGCACUAUAAAAGAAGCCAGAAAGGUACUUGAUGUCAUGAAGGAGAAUGGCCUCAAGCGAGGCGAAAAUGGGUUGGAAGUAUACGUCAUGUGCGAGAUACCUUCGAAUGUAAUCUUGGCCCAUAACUUUACUGACUAUUUUGACGGAUUCUCUAUCGGCUCCAACGAUCUCACGCAACUCGUCCUGGGUAUAGAUCGGGACUCAAGCGAGCUCGCUAAUCUUUUCAAUGAACAGGACGAGGCUAUCAAGUGGAUGAUAGCCAGGGUCAUCGAAGUGGCCCAUACGAAGGGGUGCAAGAUUGGUCUAUGUGGUCAGGCUCCAAGCGACCAUCCAGAGUUUGCCAAAUUCUUGGUGGACCACGGAAUUAAUUCCAUCUCAGUGACUCCCGAUAGCUUUGUUUUGGUGAAGAAACAAGUUCUGGCCAGCGAGAAGAUGUAA